UGACAAUGAAGCCGGUUUUGAAAAGGAAAAUUAACGAACGCUUGUAUUGUUUCUGAACGGGAAAAAAUUCUAACGAGUUUGUGACAAAUUCUCAGUACGCGUUGAAAAUAAAAAGUUUAAUGUUAAAUAUUCUAAAGUGAAAAUAUUUUAUUACAAAAUUUUCUUACCAUAAGAAAGAGAAUAAAAUUUAUAAUAAAACUAAACAAUACGAAAUAAACAAAAUGGAAAAUUCUCCGCAUAACGCUGAUACAACAGAUGGUACUAUAUACUUAUCUUUCGAUUCAACAUUGAGUUCAAAUGUUGCAUUGAUCAAUGAAAUAGAUGUAUCUGCAGCUGACGAAGAUUUAUUAGACGACAAAUGCGAUGACUCUAAUUUCUCAAGUAAAACAUUGGAGGCUGAAACUUCAGAGCGUGGGUCUAUGCUGUGCCUGGAUAAAUCUGUUGCUACUAUAAAGAAAUUAAAUGCUAAUACCCUGAAUUAUGUUUCUCCGUUGCGUCCAGUUUCCAAUAACAUAAUGAAGAAAUUUCAGGCAUUAUCUUCUACACCAAGCAAGGAUAAACUUACCAUGGUAGGAUUUGAACGCACUUCCGAGACUAGUGUUGGAUCUGGACUUAAAAUUGGAUUUUUAGAAGCAGAGUGUGAAAAAUCUAGUCCAUGUAUUCAGGCAAAUUAUAUAGAAAAUAAGGAAAAUGUUUUAAUACAGUAUGACGAAAUUGAUGUAUCCACAUCUACAAGUGGAGCUUACUCUUUAUCCUCGGACAUUGAAUGCACUGAGUUGAAGGAAAAGAAAUUAUCACCUUUGAAACACACCGAAAAUACAACAUCAACUAAAAAAUUAACUUUGAAAGAAGUAGCAUGCCAGAGAGCUUUUGGUGUUACAAUUUCUACUGAAGUAACAACUUGCCAACCGAAACCAAAUAGCAUGGUAGAUAAUGCUCCUAUAUCUGAUGACGACUCUACUGAGCUGCCUGGUAUAAUGAAAAAAACUAUGAACAUUGACGACAGUGCAAAGGGUCCAAUCCAAAGUGACAGUGUUGCUACUAAGAUUAACAAACUUGAAAAACGGAUGGCGUUCUCAAAUUACCGCGGUCGAACCUCGUUAUUGCCAAUACCAGAGAAUGAAAAACGUGCUUUUAAUCUAUCAAAGCGUAUGUCGAUUGUAGUGAAAACUACACUUAAUUCACCAGCACGUAAAAUGGCACGUAAAAGUAUUAUAAGUAACCAGACGCGUCGAACUAUAAAUGCACCAAGUAAUGUUAAUAUCACCAAUUCACGUAAAACAAUGCUACCUCUAUCAAAAGCAAAACCUGUACCAAAUUUAGCAUCCGUCCUGGCCGAUAAUGCAAAACAAAAAAUUGUUACACGAAAGACUUUGUGUCCGCCUAAAUCUGAAACGACUGAUACAUCGCAACUACAAUCAACAAAAGUGAAGAAUGGAAAAGAUAAUAUAGUACCACAAACUAAGCCAAAACCAGUUAAACCAAACACCACUUAUACGUGUAACAUGUGUCCCUGUACAUUUCGUAUUAAAAGUUUAUUAGAUGCACAUAAGCGGUCACAUGAGGAAAGUCCUCAUGUAGUAAGAAAGCAAGGUGGUGGCGGCGCAAUUGGUGGUAAAGUUAAUACAUACCAAAACCAAUGUAAAUAUUGUGAUAAAAAAUUCGUUUUGGAGCGCACACUUCACAUACACCUAAUGCAGAACUGUAACAAAAUACCACCAAGUGAAAAACGCAAAUUGGAGUUUACUGAAAUGAAUCACGUAGAAAAAGCUCAACUGCCUUCAUUCUGUCAUGGAAAUGCUUCUUUUACACCACCAGCCAUUUCACCAAUCAUUGUAAAAAAUCCAGUGGAUAAAGUUGUUAAGAAGCAUAGUUCAAGCUCUAGUAGUGGCACACAAAGCUCAGCUGAUUCUUUUUGUGAUUUAACUGAAACUAAGGGUACUACUAAUUUGAAGAUGCAACCUCCGCAAACAAAACUACGUAAGAAUGCAGCACACGUUGGUAUAUAUCGCACACCUAACAAAUCCCUUCCAUGUCAUCUUUGCAAACAAACAUUUUUAAACGUUUUGGACUAUACUAAUCAUAUUACAAAGAUGCAUCCAACUCGUGAGUUCAGCAAUACACAGAAGUAUAGCGAUGACGCCUUUAUGAAUGCAGAUAAACCAUCCUAAAUCAGCAGUAGCAUUUUAUUUUAUUCAUAUUUAUUCAUAUUUCAACUUAUUUUUCUAUAGUUUAAGUUUUUUUUUUCAUAUAUUUAUUUUGUAUAACGUAAUGGAAUUUGAAUUCCAAUUAGCUUGAAUGGAACUGUUAGAUUCACAAGCUAUUGAAAAGUUACAAGCUAAAUUGAUAAAAUAUUGCAAGCAGUAUAAGUCUUUAGCGGGUAAAUAAUUUGGUAACGUUUUGUGUAUUUUUUUUUUUGUUCUAAUGUUAUGUAGUCAAAAAUAUAUAAAUGAUGCCAAUUUAUA